AUGGCAUGCAAGGUAGCGGAUUGUCUUUUAUAAAUCAUCUUUAAAUUUCCAAAACCAGAGAUGGAAUUUGAGGACAUAUCGUGUAACGUGGACUUUAUUUUACAUGACCUUGACCUUAUAGAGCCGCUCCCUGGGGAUCUAAGGUCCGCAGGUCAUGGUGAUUUAACGUCCACUGGAUCGUCUCCCGUGCAUUCCAACUCUUCCUCACUCUCUCCAAAUGCAACAGAGUCACCUGAUUACAACCCGGAAAUUACAUCAACAAGCAUUGAUGACGUGUUCGAAUCGCAACCUUAUAAACGACUGCCAACUUCCAGAAGUAAACUAAGAGACUAUCGGACAAAACCGUAUCAAGAGGGAAAGAACAAACAACAAUACACUCAAGAACUGGAUGUGUUCUGCCGUAUCUGUGGAGACAAGGCCUCUGGUUUUCACUAUGGAGUACAUUCAUGUGAAGGCUGCAAGGGAUUUUUUCGAAGGACAUUAAAGAAAAAUCUGCAUUAUCGUCCAUGUUCUGAGCAGAGUAAAUGUAAAAUUAACACUGCAUCCCGAAACAAAUGUCAGUACUGCCGUUACCAAAGGUGUAUCAACGCUGGAAUGUCAAAAGAUUCUGUGCGCUUUGGACGCAUGCCUAAAACUGAAAGAGAAAAGUUGAUGGCAGACAAGGAAGAAAUGACGAAUAACAGAAGUGAUUACGUCAUCGAACUGAGAACCUUCUCUGACGUAAUCAAAACAGCCUUUCAGCAGCACCUUUUCCCGAUCAUUGAAAACUACAAAGCACAACAGGAAAAACUAGAGCCAACAUCUACCAUAGAAAAUCUUGAAAGUAGUGACACUAUUUACCUUUUCCGACUCUUCCAAGCAGUUUUAUCUCCGUGUUGCGAUGCUGUUAUUCGAUUCGCCAAGUCCCUUCCAAACUUCAAUGAGAUUGGAAUGCAGGACAAGGUCCACCUCAUGAAACAAGGCGCAAUCACAGUAUCCGCGGUUAUGCUACAGUCUCUGAUUGGUCCAAAAUAUGUAAACUUUAUUGACCAGUCUGACUAUAUACGUGUGACGAGGAGAGCUAUCCAUGAGAACAGAACGUCGAAUGUUCUCAUGAACGACGUUUUAAGAAUAGUGGACAAGUUAGCAAGUUUGGAAUUAACAGAAAUGGACCUGUCAUUGUUUUGUGCGUUACUGACAAUAUCCGACACAAAAGGCUUGAGUGAUGAUCCCAUGAUAAAGAGUAUACAAAAUGACGUUUUGGAAGCAUUACGAAUUUCUAUGAAGAGAAACCAUUCCAAAAAACCAGCAUCGUUACCGAAGCUACUCAUGCUUGUGACGGACCUUCGGCAACUGGUGGACGACUUUUCUCGGAACAUGCAACUUCAUUUCUUCGACGAAACCAUAGAGUACUCGAAUACAGACCCGUUGCUUCGAGAACUACUGGACCUUUGAAUCAAACAAAUAUAUAUUUCAAAAGUGGGCUCUGUCUUGUAUUUGAUAAGUUCAUUUCUUGUAAAAAGUACAUGUUCCUAUAUCUAGUUGACAAGAUUUAAAAACUUGUAAAUGAGCUUAAAAAAAUUAAUGAAGUAAUCUAUUUAGUAAUUAAAUGACCAGGUAAAAAUGAUUAUCUUUGCGUCAACCUGAUACUGUUUUUGUCUCGUUACGCCUGUGUUAACUAAUUAUUUUCAUUAUUAUUUUUUUAACUUUCAG